GCCGGUAUUUGAAUUUUUGGAUUCGGUUUCGUCAUAUUCUUGGUUAAUCUUAUCCUGAGUAGCCCGCGUUUUAGAUUCCUGAAAAGCUGCUGUAUGUGUGGAAGGAUCACCAAGUUAUACUAAACAUUUUCUAUUUGUAUGUGAUUGCAGUUGCUCACUUUUUGAUGAAUAUUGUAUGUAACCUAAUCCUAUUGUGAAGCAGUGAGGAAAACAAGAACGAAGAAGCACGCAUGGGGGAAGCUACGCAACCUAAACCUGUUGCCUCGCGUGAUGGUGGCCAAUCUUCGAGUUCGGAAAUUAAGAAAAAUGAGCCAAUUCCAACUGUGCCUUAUUACAAACUGUACCGAUUCGCUGAUGGAUUGGACUACUUAUUGGUGAUUAUCGGUUUGCUGGCAGCAACAAUUCAUGGUUCUUGUUUACCUUUGCUAUUUGUCUUCUUCGGGGAUCUCACCAAUAGUUUUACCGAGUUUGGUAAAUAUGCUGCCUGCAACUUCACGUAUCAAACAUGCGUUGAUUUUCUCUUGUACAACGGAACACAAGAAGAUUUUGAUAUAGACAGUGCCGAGGCUCAUGAUCUAACUGGAAAUUCGGUGAAAUAUGUUUUUUACUUCGUCUACAUAGCAUGCGGGGUAUUUGUUUGUGCAACGUUGCAAGUGAGCACAUUCUGCUACCAAGCAGUACGACAAUCCAAGCGUAUCCGCGUAGCUUAUGUUAGAGCAAUUCUCAGACAAGACAUUGGAUAUCAUGACGUGACUUCUUCCGGAGAAUUGAAUGCAAGACUGGCCGAUGACGUCAAAAAGAUUCAAGACGGCAUGGCCGACAAAGUAUCGUUAACAGUGCAAUAUGUGUGCAUGGUGCUGGCUGGUUUUCUCAUUGCAUUCAUUUAUUCUUGGAAACUAUCUCUGGUUGCUCUCUCUAUAUCGCCAUUUUUGAUCGUAUCGUCAGCAUUGAUUUUCACCUUGACCACUAAAUAUACUACGGCUGAACUUGAUGCAUAUGCAAACGCGGGUUCAAUCGCGGAAGAAACGAUAUCAUCCAUCCGCACAGUUGUGGCAUUUGGGAUUCAAGAAGAGCAAGCUAAUCGAUAUGGUGACAAUCUUGGUGAGGCCAAAGCAAGGGGAAUUAAAAAAGGCGUGAUUUCCGGCGCAAGUAUCGGUUUUCUAUAUUUUACCAUGUUUGGAAUGUAUGCUUUAACUUUCUGGUAUGGAGUUACAUUGGUCAUCGAUGAAAACGAUCCUCUUGGCCCCGGUGAUAUGAUGGUCGUCUUCUUCAAUAUUCUGAUUGGUGCUUCUGGUUUGGGAACGUCCGGAAGCAACAUGGAAUACUUUUCUGCUGCCAUGGCUGCCGGGCAGAAAGUUUUUGCCGUGAUUGAUCGAAUACCCCCAAUCGACGUAUUUUCAGAUAAAGGGCAAAAACCUAAAAAUGUGAACGGGGAAAUUGAAUUCAAGAAUGUGCGAUUCAAUUAUCCUUCCCGUGCGGAAGUGGAGGUCUUGAAAGGAGUAAGUUUCACUGUGGAAAAAGGUCAAACGGUUGCAUUGGUGGGACAGAGCGGUUGUGGUAAAAGUACAUCCGUCAGUCUGAUUCAGAGAUUCUAUGAUAUUGUGAAGGGUGAUAUUUUGGUCGAUGGAAAUGACAUUAAGAAGUUGAAUGUGAAAUGGUUAAGAGACAGAAUAGGAGUUGUGGCACAAGAACCUAUACUUUUCGACACCACGAUCGGUGAAAAUAUAAGAUGGGGAAGAGAAGGAGUAACUGAGGAUGAAAUUAUAAAAGCUGCAAGGCAAGCUAAUGCCUUCGAUUUUAUCAACGUUCUUCCAAAGAAAUUUGACACCUUGGUCGGUGAAAGCGGUGGCCAAAUGAGCGGCGGACAAAAACAACGUAUUGCCAUUGCAAGAGCGAUAGUUCGCGACCCCAAGAUCAUGUUGCUCGAUGAAGCUACUUCAGCAUUGGAUACUGAAAGCGAAUCCAUCGUCCAACAAGCACUUGACAAAGCAGCCGCAGGUCGAACAACCAUCGUGAUCGCUCACAGACUUUCCACCAUCAAAAAUGCUGAUAAAAUCGUGGCUUUCCAAGAAGGUGAAAUUGCUGAAAUUGGAACUCAUGAUGAAUUGCUUAAAAAUCCUGAUGGAAUUUAUAAAAACUUGAUCAACAUGCAGGUGGUCAAUACUAACAGGUCUAUCACACCUCCGCCAGAGAAAGAUGGUGAUAACCGGUUCUCUACUCAGACAUCACUCAAGAGAAAAUCUUCUCAUAAAUUUAGACGUCUAGGUUCAACCACAGGAUUUGUAACUUCUUCUCAUAAUGAGUUUAGUGGAGACAAAGAUGAUGGUGAAGGCGAGAUUGAGAAGGAAGAUCUGCCAGAUGCUCCAUUCACCAGAAUCAUGCAGAUGAAUAAACCUGAAGGGUGUUAUAUUGGAUUUGGUUGUAUCUUUGCUGCAAUGGCUGGUUCUGUUGAUCCUGUGAAUGCAAUAUUGUUUGCUUCUGUUCUGACUAUAUUCACAGAAGGUGAUGUGGAAAAGCAACAAUAUUUGUCUGUUUUACACGCAUGUCUGUUCCUUGGACUUGGAGUUGUUGCUUUCAUUGCUUACACAAUGGAGGCAACCUUGUUUUCCAAGUCUGGAAUGGAAUUGACGACACGUCUACGAAGAAAGGCAUUCGAAUCUAUGGUUCGACAAGAUAUUUCAUAUUUUGAUGAUCAUAAGCAUAGUACUGGUGCUCUGUGUUCGAGACUUGCAACUGAUGCAUCAAGAGUGCAAGGAUGUACAGGUGUGAGAAUGGGAACAAUGCUCAAGAACUUUUGCUCAUUAGGUGUUGCCCUUGGAAUUGCUUUUGCAUAUGGAUGGAAAUUGACUUUACUAACGAUCGGUUUCGUACCUUUCCUUAUGAUCGGAGGAUUCUUGGAAAUGGCUCUGUUGAUGGGACAAGGAGAUGAAGAUAAACAAAUAUAUGAGGAAGCAAGCAAGAUAGUAACUGAAGCUGUGAAUAAUAUUCGUACUGUUGCUUCUUUGACAAAAGAAGAAAAGGUUUUUCAGAUUUACAAUGAAAGGCUGGAGGAACCUGCAAAAAGUGCAAACCAAAAAGCUCUCAUCACUGGUCUUGGCUAUGGUUUCUCGCAAUGUGUCAUUUACUUUGCAUACGCUGGAAUAUUUCGCCUUGGAAUAUAUUUGGUUGAAAUUGAGGAUAUGUCAUUCGAAGAUGUUUUCAAGGUCCUUACUGCUGUUAUAUUUGGGGCUAUGGCAGUUGGACAAAACAGUUCAUUCGCACCUGAUGCUGCAGAAGCACAAGUAUCGGCAGCUAGAAUGUUUAAGUUAUUUGAUUCCAAACCUAUUAUUGAUGCGUACAGUGAUAAAGGACAUAAACCACAUACUUGCAAAGGCAACAUCGAAUUCAAAUCUCUAGACUUUACAUAUCCUACCAGACCAGAUACACUUGUAUUGGAAGGGCUUGAUGUCAGUGUACCAUCUGGUAGUACACUUGCUUUAGUUGGACAAUCAGGUUGUGGAAAAUCUACAUGUAUUCAACUUAUUGAAAGAUUUUAUGAUGUGGUGGAAGGAGGAGUGAUGGUUGAUGGUUCUGAUGUAAAAACAUUGAAUGUGGCAUGGAUGAGACAACAAAUGGGAAUUGUAUCACAAGAACCUGUCUUGUUCAAUAUAAGCAUCAAAGAAAAUAUUUUACUUGGUGACAAAACACGAUCAUACACUGAUAAAGAAGUAUCCUCUGCUGCCGCUGGUGCAAAUAUUCAUGAAUUUAUAUCCGGUCUUCCUGAGGGGUACAAUACAAAAGCAGGGGCAAAAGGUGGCCAACUGUCUGGUGGUCAGAAACAAAGAAUUGCUAUUGCAAGAGCUUUAUUGAGAAAACCAACUAUAUUAUUAUUGGAUGAAGCAACAUCUGCAUUGGAUACAGAAAGUGAAAAGAUUGUACAAGAAGCAUUAGACAAAGCACGAGAAGGUCGUACAAGUAUCAUAAUAGCACACAGAUUGUCAACUGUUAAAAAUGCAGACAUUAUCGCAGUUGUUGACAAGGGCAAAGUUGUCGAAACUGGAACACAUGAAGAACUUCUAAAGAAGCGAGGCGCAUACUACAGUUUGGUCAAUGCCCAGCUCACACAUCAGUAGUAGGCAAAAGAAGCAAUAUUUUCCUCUGUGUUCACAAAAGAAGUUAGAAGAUUGGAUUACUGACGAAUGCGUUCAGAAAACUUGCCAUGAGCAUUUUUUCCCAAAGUUUUUUAUUGAGUUUUUUCUUGUUCUGCACCAUCAAUUUUUUGUAACAAAGGAUCCUUUUUAUACACGACAAUGAGUGGUUCAUACAGUAUAAGUGUUUCAUUUUACGAUAGUGCUUGGCUCUCGUUAUAUAAAUAUGUUCAUUAUUCUUCACAAAUACUUACUGUUAAGGUUGUUAAGUUUUUAAAUAAAUGGCUUUAAAGAGGUA